AGCCACGCCCACUUGGGGGGAAACUGAGCUUAUGCAGCUCCGGCUGGCAACGCGCAGCUCAAGUUGCCUAACGAAUGAAGCUCCCUCGUUAAACAUCACCAAACACCGCCGAGCUUCAUUCCACCCAUAUUGCCUUUCCAAACUCACACAAUUAUUAUAUCUCCGUUUUCUCGCGCGCACAUAAAUCAACAUGACGUCGAUAGGAACGGGCUACGAUCUAGCUAACUCCAUCUUCUCACCCGAUGGACGAAACUUCCAGGUCGAGUAUGCAGUAAAGGCGGUGGAGAACGGUGGCACGUCAGUCGGUAUCCGAUGCAAGGAUGGAGUGGUCCUAGCAGUCGAGAAAGUCGUCACAUCCAAGCUACUGAAGCCCGGCGCAAACAAGAGGAUUGCGACGGUCGACAGACAUCUAGGAGUUGUCUAUUCAGGUAUGGUACCUGACGGCCACCACUUCGUCGACCGAGCCCGAGACGAGGCCCGCGCCUGGCGCGAAACCUUUAAGACACCUAUUUCCACAUCAGAUCUAGCAAGUCGUAUGGGCGGGUACCUACAAGCCUACACACUCUACCAAUCUGUCCGCCCAUUCGGCAUUACUGCUAUCGUAGGCGGCUUCGACUCGGAACUCGAGGCACCUGUCGAUGGUGAAGUCGGCUCCGGUCCCUCUGUCGGUGCCGGUGGUAAGGUAGAAGGCAAAAAGCACGGCGGCCCGGGUCUCUACAUGAUCGAGCCGAGCGGCAUGUACUGGGGAUACUACGGCGCAGCAACGGGCAAGGGUCGACAAGCCGCCAAGGCGGAACUCGAGAAGCUAAAUCUCACCGAGGGCACCCUCGACCUAAAGCAAGCCGUCAAAGAAGCAGCAAGGAUCAUCUACGUCGCGCAGCAAGACAACAAGGAUAAGGAGUUCGAGCUGGAGAUGAGCUGGAUUAGCGGGAUUGAUGGCCCAACCAAGGGCCGGCACCAGGACGUCCCUAAGGACCUCCUUGAAGAAGCCGAACGCUUAGCGAAAAAGGCCAUCUCGGAGGACGAUGAGGAAGAGGAAGAGGAAAAGAGUGAUGAUAAGAUGGAAGAAUAAAGUAGCCAUCUAACCUUCGGUCAGGGGAAGCGCGACUGUACUUGUACAAUUACGUGGCGAAGCGUUCGGGAUAGGGCGAGGCUCAUAGACUAAUUUCUUAUAAGAGCCACGAUUUCUGAUCGACACUCGUAUGGCGACGGUUUCAUGU